CCCUUGCCCAGCCUCCCAACAUGGCGCAGUCGGUGAACAUCACGGAGCUGUCGCUGCCGCAGCUGGAGCUGCUCAAGAACCAGCUGGACCAGGAGGUGGAGUUUCUCUCCUCAUCCAUCGCGCAGCUCAAGGUUGUACAGACCAAAUACGUGGAGGCCAAGGAGUGUCUGAAUGUGCUUAACAAGAGCAACGAGGGGAAAGAAUUACUCGUCCCAUUGACCAGUUCGAUGUAUGUACCUGGAAAGCUACAUGAUGUGGAGCAUGUUCUCAUUGAUGUAGGAACUGGCUAUUAUGUGGAGAAGUCAGCAGAUGAUGCUAAAGACUUCUUCAAGAGGAAGAUUGACUUCCUCACUAAGCAGAUGGAAAAAAUUCAGCCCGCUCUGCAGGAGAAGCAUGCCAUGAAGCAGGCAAUCGUGGAGAUGAUGAGCCAGAAGAUUCAGCAGCUCACAGCGCUGGGGGCGUCCCAGGCAGCCGCGGCCAAAGCCUGAGAGGGGUUGGGGGGAAGGGGGUUGGGUGGAGCCGAGAGCACGUGUACAGAGCCAAUAAAAGUGUCUGCCGGAUCCA